AGCCAGGCAGAAUCCAGGACUCUUGAAGGGGCAGGGUUAUAUCUAGAACCCCAUUAGGUGUGGUGGGGUGAGCUUGGGAAGUUCAGUUACUGGUCUGCUAGAGAGUUAAGUGGUGCUACUGUCACCUGAUCCAGCAUCAAAUUACCUGGGUCCAGGUUUCACUUGGAAGGAAGUGAAACUGAGCCUUCCCUUGGGCCUCCAUCUGCCUCAAGCCUCUGGGUGAGCAUUACUCUAGAUGUCUGGGAGGACACUACUGGCUAGAAAAAGGCCUUUUACUAGUGAUCCUCAAAGACUCUCUGUCCCCAGGCCCUCAGCUAUGGCCCUGACCCCAUCUCUGGGCCUUAGACCCCACCCAGAGCCCCUCAACCAUCCCCCUGGAGCACCUAGGGACAUUGCUGGAUCCACCAUCUGCCCCACUUCUGAAAAGGAAACAAUCAGGCCAGAUCAAGCCCAGAAACCAGGGCAGGACUCUUUGGACCUUCCGGAGUACUUCCAGGGUGGCCUGAGGGACACUGAGCCUAGUGCUGGCCACCUCAGAUUGCCAAAACCCUCUUCCUACAAAGACCCUCCUGGAGGCAAACACUGUGAGAGCCCCAUCUCUGGCUGGGAGGUAUUGGAAGCGGAGCAGGACAGCCUGCAUCUUUGCCUACUGGGUCUGGGCCUCCAGCUACAAGAUCUAGAGCAAGGCUUGGGGCCCUGGACAUUGGCCCAGAGUGAGAUGGUCCAGCUACAGACCCUACAGGCAGACUUACAUGGGGCAGCUGAGUGUGUGGAUGCACUGCUGGUGUUCAGUGAGGGACUAGCACAGCGGAGUGAGCCUCAAGCCCUGGCAUCCCUGCAGCGAGUCCUGCGGGCCCUUGGAGCCCACCGAGACAGCAUCUUCUGGCAGCUGUGGCAGCUGCAGGCCCAGCUGGUCAGCUACAGCCUGGUAUACCAGGAGGCUAUCACACUGGACCAGGAUUUGGAGGUCGAGGUGGACUCAGACUGUCCAGGACCUGGUGGAGUCUGGGGGCCCUGGGCACCCAGUAGCCUCCCCUCUCCCGCAGAGUUAGAGUGGGACCCAGCAGGGGACAUUGGGGGCUUUGGACCCUUGAGGCAAAAGACAGCCUGGACACCAGGGGCUUCCUGUGAGCUGUGUGGCCACAGGGGCCCCCAGAGCUGGGGACAAGGCCCUGAGGCCUCCACACCUCUCUCCAUAGGAUGUGCUCAUGUUGGGUAUCAGCCACCAGAAACACUUAGGAAGUCACCAAAGAUGCUCCUUGCUCCAGAAGUCUCAGAACACGAAGAAGCAAGUAUCUUCCAAUCUCCAGGAUGUGAUGAUGCUGGAGGUAGAUUCUGGAGCCCCUGCUCCUAUGUCCAGGAGGCCCCUGACCUACCUCCUCCUUUUUCUCCUCUUCCUUCUCCUGGUGGGUGCCACACUGCUCCUGUCCCAGUUGGAGGGUCUCUGCUGCUCUCCUGCCCAACUUGCCAGGACACCUUACUUGGUGCUCAGCUAUGUCAAUGGACCCCCCCCAAUCUGAGUACACAGCCCAGACAUAUGUAA